AUGUUGUCUGCCCGGGCUAUCAGCAGACGCUCAAGUGGUCGACCAAACAUGAGCGGCGCAGCAGGCGCAAUACCAAUGACCCCCCAAAUCUCGAUCAACUCAUCUUUGCCGCUUCCGUGUCAUUUCAAGAGCAUCAUGUUUCAGACACGCAGAGUCAUGAUCGAUCAUCCGGCGCCACUUCAAGUCUCCCUUCUGCACAACCAUCAUCGUCCUCGGAGAAGCAGGCGAAAGGUCUCAAUGUCGCCACAAGUUGUUCUCAACCCACAGGCCAUCUCCGAACCAUCGACAUUCCUGAUUGAGCUUUGGUUCAAGUCCGUAUGCGGCGCCUGGGCAGCCUACGACUCUCCAACGAAUCCAUUCCGACGCCUUGGUUCUUCCCUAUGGGGCUCAUCACGACCUCUCUUUUAUUCUCUACAGAGCAUGGCAGCUGCUUCCUUGGUCAAACGCCAGCCCGAGAUCCAAGAGAUUGCUGCGUCAGCUCCACGAAUUGCGACCGAAGCAAUUAUCCACGAACUCAGGAAACUGUUUGAAGCGCCGAAUACCGUCACGACUAUACCCCACGCCCUGAUAAUAUCUCUCUUUUGCUUGAGUUCGUCACUCUGCUGGAUGGAUCACAAGCAACUUGGGCUACAGUACCUCCGUCAUGUCCGGGUGAUACUGUCUCUGCUAGAGAUGCGGUCGAAGCAUCUUACAAAAGAAGACCAAAAGCUCGUUGAAUUCUUCAAAGAGUGUUUAAUCUACGAAGAAUCCGUCAGAAGUAUCGUGACGAGCUACAAAGAAGACAUCAGCACCCUCAUGGAAUGGACGCCCGCAACCUACCCACCGUACGACUUUGUCCUACACCCCUGGACCGGCGUUCCGCCCAAGAUAAUCGCGCUCUUUGGAAAGGCCAUGUCCUUGUGUCGCAGGUCUCGUGAUACGUGGCGAGGCAGUAUCGCGCCCACAUAUGAGGUGAUGUGGCAGGCGAUGCUAGAUAUCAAUGAAGCUCAGGCCCUCGAGGAGACACUCUUAUCGGUUGAGGUCCCAGCUUUGAUCGAGGAUGCGGGCGAAAUUCGCAAGGAAGAUGGUCUGGAUAUGGACUUGCACCGUGCUGCCGAGGUGUUUCGUCUAUCCUCGCUUCUUCAGCUCUACCAGACAUUUCCUGAUCUCGUCUCCAGGCGGCUCCCGGAUAGGAUAGAUUCAGGGAGCGUUACCAAAACGACAUGGCCGACAUCGCUCGCUCUAUACAUAACCGGGAUACUCUCUGAGAUCCCGGCAGAGUCAAUUCGAUGCCUUCAGCCCCUACUAUGCCUAGGUGUAGGCUCCGGACUCCGGUUCAUCGGAGACUCUAAGUCUCCAAAGCAGAGGCAUUUCUCUGACGUAGGUCUAGCCCGCGAGUUCAUCAUGGACAGGCUGAGAGGUUUCGGUCAGGGCCCAGCUGUAGGCCCUAUUGUCAUACUUCGGGAACUUUUACAGGCCGUCUGGUCAUGGUACGACAGUGAGACGGUGCCGGGAUCGGUGCACUGGCUCGACGUCAUGGCUGAUCUCAAGUAUGAGACUGUCUUUGGUUGA